UUUUGAGUGACACUGGCCAAUUAGAGGGUGUGGAAGCUUGCAUUAUGGAUGGAAUUAAUCCUGGAAGUUAUAUUAUAGGAGGUUGGAGUUCUGUCACUGUUGAGGUGCUACCUUUGUGUUCAUUCUUGUUUUUUUCCCCUUCUCUUUCUUGUUUAUUUGAUUUAUUUAUUUGUCUACUAUUUCACAGAAUUGAUUGGAAUACAUGAUUGGAUAUGGUUGAUGAUUGAUGGAUGAGAAUUUCUAAUACUGGCCAGGAUCCUGCUCCAUCCAGUGUGGUCCGGUCUUCUCCGUCCUUACCACAAUAAGCCGCCUGCGUUGGAGAUGCAGAAGACCUG